AUGGACGACGACGAGGUCAACGAGGUCCGGAAUCCGUUCCCUUCGCCCCCUUCCCACUACACGAGAUACUCCUCUCAUAAUCUCAAAUUACUAGCUCUCCUCAAAGAAAGGGCCCCUGACCACCAGGACCACCCUGUCAACCAACACCAGCUUUUAUCCGACCAGAAGGACGUCCCAGAAUGGGACUUGGGAUUGUUGGAGAAACCUCGCGUUGAUUGGAUUCUAGACGAACCCGACGCACACUAUAAUGUCUUUGGCGAAAGGUGGCCCGUGAAAGAGAAGCAUCCCUCCCUAGCCGAGGCUGGGAUCACACAGCUGUACUCAAGUGACCCGUCUGUAGAUAGGCGACCAGCCCUUGUUUCCGUCCUCAAGUCCCUGCUGGUCACCUAUUCCAAUCUCAUCUCAUCGCUACUGGACCCACCACCUCUGGAGGGAGCGCCCGAAUGGAACAGACACAUGGCAUGGCUGAAGACUCUGUCCCUGAAUCUUCUGGCCGCAGCAAAUGACCUGCGUCCCAUGCAAGCCCGAUGCAGCCUUGAGCUCAUGAUGCAAAGACAACUCGAGUUGAGGAGAGAGGAAACUAGAAACAUUCAUGAUAAAUGCGACGCUCUGGAAGCCAAGUUGAAGGAACUUCGAGCUACACCCCUGCAAUCCUCUCAAGACAUCACCAAGCAUUUCAGCGAUGAUGAAGGCGACGCCGAUGAACCGCUAGCGCCGUUACCUGACGAACCCGAAAUCGUGGACGGUGACGAAGAAAUGGAACAAGACGAAACCGCCGCUCCCUCAAGAGCGGAACCAGCAUCCAAAGAAACUGCUGAACCCGAGCCAGAGGCCACAACGACAGAAGAAACUCCCUCUAAAGCACCCUCGCCCAAACCUCAACUUUCAAUGACAACAGCGGAAGACCCUCCACAGGGCAGCGAACUCGAUCCGUCAUUGAAACCUAUGGACGUCAAUAUGGAUGAUGGCGAAGAAGGCGAGGGGAAGAAAGAAGGCAAAUUGGAGUUGAAUAUGACUGGACUUGGGCCAGACGGCCUGCCGUUGGAGGGAAGCCACGACCUCUCUCAACUCGACCCGGCAGACUCGCUCAACGGUCAUUACACUGAUAUACGCGCUCUCCUAUGUCUUCCACGUCUCCCAGAAAUCUUUGGUGUUUAG